ACUAAAUUUGGCCAGAGCGCACCCGCAAUUUCGCCAAGUGUUGACUCGCGAGGCGCCUCGUCGCUAUGCGAAAAUAAAUAUCGAAUGCUACGCUGCAUUUCCGAUUGGGAUUAUCUAUUAAAGUUGUGUGGCGAUUGUGUUGUCGAGUGUGAGCUACGCCAUGGACGUUGGGACGACAAUAUCACGCAACCGUUUCUAACGCUUUUGAAUGCACACUGCAAAAAUUUACGGCAUUUGCACCUGAUAUUCGCGCACUCCGAUAUAAAGCCGCCGGCAGAGAGCGGAGAUCUUAACAUAUUGCAGAUGCUUCAACGAAAGAAUCUGCAUAGCGUGAGCCUGAUCGAUGCAAAGGCGGCUGAAGUGCUGCAGCUACGGAACUUUGCCGAACUGGAGGCGCUGCAUAUUGAUGGCUUUGAUGUUGAUUUGACUGAUGCCAAUUUCAUUGAGCUGUUCCAGCUGCUGCCACAAUUGCGCAGGCUCUCGCUGCGAUUCGCUUCGAGGCGACAGCUGCCGCCCUUGGCCGCCUAUUGCAGCCGGCUGGAGCAUUUGUCGCUCGAGAACUUCGAAGGCACGCUGGACGAUGUAGGCGAUUUUCCGCAACUCAAGUCGUUGCGUCUGCUUUGGCGCUUGCACAUACGAUUGAAUAGCCAGCUCUUUCGAUCGUUGGCCCAACGCUAUGCGGAUCGUUUGGAGCAGCUGCAGCUGACCGAAGUGAAGCCCGAGCAUGUGGAGCACAUUAUGUCGUUGCAAGGCCUGAAGGCACUCGCCUGUCACAUGUGGCCCAGCGAAACGCUGAUGCAUUUGCGGAAAUUGCAGCAACUCGAGUGUCUGGCCCUGCAGUGCAGUGAGCCUACAGCUAGCAUGAUGCAGCUGCUGGACAUAAUUGGCUACUGCUCGAAACUGCAGCACUUGAAGCUAAGCAAACACUGGCAGGAACAGGAGCUGGAACGCUUUCUAUGCGCCGUACAAGAGGAGCUGCGCAGGCAGGCAGCAAACGGAAGGCGCGAGACAUUUAUGCUAACGCUGGAGCUGCCAGCAUCUAAAGCGGCUCAGCAGCAGUUAAAGCAAAAUUUAGACUCGCAAUUGUUGCGAUUGGACUGGCUGGGCGUUGCAUGCCCUCUGUGUAUGCCAGAUCGACACACGAAGCAAUCUAUUCCAGGAUUAAUUUGGUUCUGAGCUCACCUCGCAAUUGGUCUGUUCG